GUUAUUAAAUGCGCAACGCAACAUAAAUAGGCCGCCCCGCUCCGCCGGAGAUUGUGCUCACAGUCGGAGCUGCGCAGCGAGCACAGGUAAAAAUGUCGCCGCCGUCCUCCUCCUCUUCUUCUAGAGUUCUCGCCGCCCUCGCCGUCGUUAUUCUGACCACCCUCUUCUUCUUCUCUCCCGCCUCCGCCUCCGCCUCCGCCUCCGCCGCCGGCCCACAGCCCCGCCCCUUCAAGAAGGUCUACGCCUUCGGGGACUCCUUCACCGACACCGGCAACACCCGCUCCGCCUCCGGCCCCAGCGGUUUCGGCCACGUCUCCAACCCCCCCUACGGCGUCACCUUCUUCCACCGCCCCACCAACCGCUACUCCGACGGCCGCCUCGUCAUCGACUUCGUGACCCAGUCCCUCUCCCUCCCCUUCCUGCCCCCCUACCGCAGCAUCUCCUCCUCCUCCUCCGACGAUGCCUCCGGCGUCAACUUCGCCGUCGCGGGCUCGACUGCCAUCAACCACGAGUUCUUCGUGAGGAACAACCUGAGCCUGGACAUAACGCCCCAGUCGAUCCUGACUCAGCUCGUCUGGUUCAACAAGUACUUGGAGAGCCGCGAGGGGUGCAAGGCGGCGGCGAGAGGCGGGGCGUGCGGCGGCGCGCUCGAGGACGCGCUGGUCUGGGUGGGCGAGAUCGGAGUCAACGACUAUGCCUACACCGUCGGGUCCACCGUUUCCGGCGACACCAUCCGGAAGCUCGCCAUCGACACCGUCGCCACUUUUCUGGAGUCGCUUCUGAGGCGAGGGGUGAAGUAUAUGGUGGUCCAAGGUCUGCCGGUGUCGGGUUGCUUGCCCCUGGCCAUGUAUCUGUCCCCCGAGAACGACAGGGACGACAUCGGCUGCGUGAAGAGCGUGAACGACCAAACCCGCGCCCAUAAUGCCGCUCUCCAGGCCAAGAUUUCUGACCUCGGGAAGCAAUUCCCCGAUUCCGUGAUCGUCUACGCAGAUUACUGGAAUGCAUACCGCUCUGUCAUGAAGACCCCGGCCAAGUAUGGCUUCAAGGAGCCUUUCAAGGCAUGCUGCGGUGCCGGGGAGCCCUAUCAUUUCACUCCGUUCGCGACAUGCGGCAUGCCGUCCACUGACUUUUGCCCCCGUCCCGCGGAGUACAUCAACUGGGACGGAGUCCAUCUCACGGAAGCCAUGUACAAGGUGAUCGCCGGCAUGUUUCUGAAGGGACGGUUCAGUCACCCUCCCUUUAGCUACUUGCUCGGCAAGAAACAGCGCGGCGGAUGAACUGCUCCUAGCUAUAUGACUAAAACAGGGAUGCGGGUUGUGUCGGGACACCGUUGAACUCUCUAUCGGCCUCGGCAGUAAUGGAUAUGCCUUCUUCUAGCUGGAUCUAUGUACAGUAAUUCUAGAAGUAGAACCUCGUGUUGAUGCAGAUCACAUGAUGCACCUAAGUUUAAAGUUUCUGUAUUUCGACCAUUGGGAUGCUAAUACUAUGCUCAGUAAUUCUGCAAAUCCGGGUCCUAAAAUGUGAAACUGCAACAGUAAACGGGGUUUAAAUUA